CGGGGAGCUCAUCGCGUCAUUGAUUAUUUUAUUAACUGUCGGGCGACCACCAAUUGACAGCCUCAAGCUGCAAGAGGACAGCUUGUCUGUAUGUUGCUGUCGCAUGCAAGCUCGAGAUUCUUCCGAAGACUAUCCUCGCUUUCAUCUCGUGAAAGCAGACUGUUCCAUACAACUUUCACUUCGACUUCACGAAAACCCCUUGUUCUCCGAGGAGGUAGAAAAGCUGCCCUAUCCUCAGCCUAUGUCAUAGCUGGUGUUGCCCUUGGCGGCUGGUGGGACGACAAAUACAACGAUAGAACAAUUACUCGAAAUUUUAGGACCGCGUAUCACGGUAUCUUGGUAGCAAUUGAUUAUAAAUUUAAUUUUAAUCCGGACUCCAUAGAUGCCAUAGAUGCUCUUCAUGAAAGAGCUGCAGAACGGCUGUUACGAGUUUGCGAGAAAAAUCGGGGGUUGUAUGUUAAGUUGGCGCAAGCGCUUGGAACCCAGGCAGCUAUUCUACCAAAACCGUACCUUAAACUGGCCAAGCUGUUGGAUAACGCCGAACAUUUCGAUUACAAGGCGGUAGAAGAGAUCGUUGAAAGAGAACUUGGCGCACCGAUCAGCAAACUAUUCAUAAGAUUCGAUAAAACACCUAUUGCAGCGGCGGAAGUCGCCGUGAAGGUGCAAAGGCCUGACAUCCGCCGACACGCAAAAUGGGAUUUGCUUGCAUUUCGAACGUUAAUGAGGAUGUAUGACUACUUCUUUGACCUUCCCUUGUCAUUUGCGGCCCAGUACAUAUCAGAUCAAAUUAUGCAAGAGACUCUUUUCGACAACGAGGCCGCAAACUCGGAAAAAAUUCGGUCACUCGUGAUGAGUUCACGAAACCCUUCGAUUCGCGAGGUUGCCUAUGUCCCGCGUAUACAUGACUCCCUCAGUACCCCUCGAGUUUUGACGAUGGAAUACAUCUCAGACGCGUGCAAACUCACUGAUCUGGAUAAGAUUCGAGGAAUGGGUUUAGAUGUUGGAGCGGUUGCUAAGACCGCGGUUGAAGUCUUUGCGACCCAGAUAUUUGAGAUGGGAUUUGUGCAGACAGAUGGGCACCCAAGUAACGUAUUGAUAAGACGACACCCCAAUGGAGCCCAAGGACAACAUCAAAUAGUAUUGAUAGAUCAUGGGUUAUAUGUCACACUCACCCCCGAAUUUCGCUACAAGUAUUGUCGUCUAUGGACCUCCGGCCGUGCGGGAGAUUUGUUGGGGUUGGGGGAUAGGGCAAGCCGAACUUUUCGCAAGCGCUACACUCCUGAGACCCUGGCGUGCAAAACAAAACUCAACCGUGACGUCAACGUCUUCAUACUUGAGGAGUUCACCCAAGGAGGGGAUGAACGAUCGGAAUUGGAGUCGAGGAGGGAGCUCAAGGAGAAGCUCAAAACGUUACUUGUCAACGUGGAGUUAUUGCCGAGGGAACUAAUAUUCAUCGGCAGAGCGAUGAGGAUUCUGCAAGCGAAUAACCAAGCCAUGGGCUCCCCCGUGAAUCGAAUCAACAUCCUCGCUCGUCGUGCAGCAGCUGGUCUUCUCUACAGCCAACCCUCUGAUGAUCGUGAAUUCGACGUCAUGACUCGUCGUCAGACUCGUGCCAUCGUGCUUUACACCAUUCAAAAGUACACUUCUUUCCUUCGAUUCCGUUUCACGCUUUUCCUCGUCGAUGUCGCAUUCCACAUCUCGAAUAUUCUCACAUGGCUUCAUAACACCGACGACGACCUCAAAGAUUCAUCGGAGGGGUUCGAAGAUGAACUGGAGGAGAAUUUGAGAGAUAUCGCUCGAACACAAUUUGGGAUGCAAAUUAGUGAGGAUGCCUUCUCCACGUAACUAGCUAGCCUUUUCGGAAGCGCUUUGCUUUGAUCAUUUAUGACUACAAAUUCGGGUGUCAGAUUCCGAAGGAGCCCUUAUCCCUCACCAACUAUGUACAUUGUACCGGUCCGGGGGGGGGGGGCGAAAUAUUGGUAUUUUAGUCCACUAGUGAAAGGCAAUACGUUCCAAUAGCAUUAAACAUAAGAGAAAGGAGUCAGGAUUGUAUUCAGAUGGGUUGCGGUUUAGAGCACACAAGUUCCACACAAAUUGCA